GCAUCGCUAGGAUAACUCAGCAGGAAGGGCAGCAGAGUGAAAGUGGUCCAGACAGUAGCCAAUCCCAGAGCAGUGUCCGGGAAGAUGACGUCGCUUGUUUUAGGCGCAGCGGCGCGUCCAUGUUUAGAGUCAGUUUAAGAGAAGCGACUCAGAGAGCGCAGUGCCACUGAGCCCCUGUGGGACACCAGAGAGGGUUGGAAGCCGAACAGUGGAAGUAAUACGCGUGUAGUAUCGAGAACUGCUCACAAGUACAACUAGCGCGUCGGGACAGACACUGUAGGCGUACAGAAAGUGUGGCGAGAUGAAAAGGCGCUGAAACUCCAGGCGCACAGAUCCAGUGUAACAGCUCUCCAAACUCCAAACCAAACCACGCUUAGAUAACAAACAGAGACGGAAAUGAACCUUUUUUGCUGUUAUGAAAACACUUCGCACUUCAGCGUUGUUGAGGGCACUUAACACGGCAUUAUAGAAAAGAGACCGGGAAUGUCCGUUACGCACGGGGGUCUGUUCUGCACACUGGAUCGUUUUGCUUUGUAAUCCCCGCGGACGUGAUUGUGUUUGUCCGGGCUGUGUCCCAAUACAAUAUCAAGCUGAAAUCGGAGCGUCAGACAGGAUGUACAGCUGCGCUAUGUGUGCCCACUUAUUCUGGUGCGGUGCGCACUCAGCGCGCAGAGGAUUUAUCUGGGAAAGCGUGAAGUCCCGCGAUUUUUAACAAAGUUGCUCCACUGUUGAAAAUUAAAGCCACGAUGACCUUCUUAACUUUUUGGAUAUUGUUCCCUCUUCUGGAUGUACUACACGUGUCAGUAAGUGCUGAGCUGGUGCAGACUCAAGCGUCCCGGCUGGAUUGUGUCCGGGCUCAUGAGCAGUGCCUGGGCCGCUAUGGCUGCAGCUCUGCUUUCCGCACAAUGAGGCAGUGUUUGGCAGGUACAGGGGGCAACUUCAGCGCACUGAACGAGCCCGAGGCACAAGACGAGUGCAGGAAUGCCAUGGAAUCCAUGAGACAGAGCUCUCUGUAUAACUGCAAAUGCAAGAGAGCCAUGAAGAAAGAGAAGAAGUGCCUGCGCAUCUUUUGGAGUGUCUAUCACAGUUUACAGGGCAAUGAUUUGCUGGAGGACUCUCCAUACGAGCCAGUGAACAGCCGUCUGUCUGACAUAUUCCGCCUGGCUCCCAUCAUAUCAGGUGAAGCAGCGUUUAGCAAGGACAACAACUGCCUGAAUGCUGCCAAGGCCUGCAACCUGAAUGACACGUGUAAGAAAUACCGCUCAGCUUACAUCAGCCCAUGUACCAGCAGGGUCUCCACCACUGAGGUGUGCAACAAGCGCAAGUGUCACAAAGCCCUGCGCCAGUUCUUCGACAAGGUGCCAGCCAAGCACAGCUACGGUAUGCUUUUCUGUUCGUGUCCAUCUGGAGAACACUCCGCGUGCUCAGAGCGCAGACGCCAGACCAUUGUGCCAGCAUGCUCCUAUGAGGACAAGGACAAGCCCAACUGUCUGUCCCUGCAAGCCUCCUGCAAGACCAACUACAUUUGCAGGUCUCGCCUGGCUGACUUCUUUACCAACUGCCAGCCUGAGGCUCAUUCGAUAUCCGGCUGCCUGAAGGAGAGCUAUGCUGACUGUCUGCUGGCUUACUCUGGCCUUAUAGGUACAGUGAUGACCCCGAAUUACCUGCGCUCAAGCAUCAGCGUGUCCCCCUGGUGCGACUGCACCAGCAGUGGCAAUGGGAAGCCCGAGUGUGACAAGUUCUCAGAAUUCUUCACUAACAACCGCUGUCUCCGUAAUGCUAUCCAAGCUUUCGGGAAUGGUACAGAUGUUGGUGUGUGGCAGCCCCAGCCGCCCAUCCAACCAACUGGCCAUUCCAGCACUCUUCACAGAGGACAGGAGAGGACACUUAAUGGGCUGGAUGACCCAGAUUUCACGAAUGAACUGAACCCCAGCAAUGGUCACCACCUCUACAGCUUCUGUGGAAACCUCCAGGCACAGAAGCUAAAGUUGAACAUCACAGUGGAUGUUGUGUGUGUGGACCCUGCUCUGGCUGACCCAAGUAGCUUCAACGCUAUAUCAGGAAGCUCAUCCAGCCUUGUCCACUCACUCGCUGUCCUCUUUGUUCUCCAGCUGUUGAAUUUGUAGCCGCUCUCAGUUCCAGACUGCUCCUGUACCAUACUCACAGUUCCUCUAAUGCAACUGAUGCUGUACCAAGUGUGAUGUCUAGAUGUGCUAAAGCCAAUUUCCUUUUUGAUUCCUGAUGGACAAAAAUGGAGACCGUCACUGACAUGGAAAUAAAAGGUCACCGAUCAAAAAAUAAUAAUAAUAAUAAUUAAAUGGACACCUUUGUCACACAUUUGCUCUCAAUGUGGUAACUUGUGUUGGAAAUUAUAUUUUGUUUUGGAGGUUUAUCCAUCCAUGGUGUUGAAAAGGAGUUACGGAGAAAAAUAAGGAUCAUUAAAUGCAUUAAGAUGGACCCCUACUUCAGAAAGUCCCUUUUGGCUAAUGGGAAAAGACGCUACCAUUUACAGAUGUUAAUUUUCCUGGAGACAAGCUUGUAAACUCUUGCGCUCAGCUGUCCAUGCGACAGCCAAAAUCCCACAUCUCUCAGAAAAGCAUCUGCCUUCUAAUCCAGUCCAUUAGCUCUUUCAACAUGAACAGUCAUUGUUCCCCUGUGUGUCUCCAGCAUGGCCCUGAUACAGACUGAGCCUUAGGGCAAAGACAUGAGACAGAAAAAAACCCUUCAGGACUAUUUUACAAACAGGGGAAUAUUUGCUGCUCGAUGUUGUUCAACUAAGAUUUUAAAGGAUAAAUGUUCAGCUUCAAUUCAUUAUUUUUUUGGAGGAGAAACAUUUAUUUACUCUACUUUUAAAAUGCCACUUUUUUUUUUGUUUAGGAUGGGUUUUAAUUUAUCUGAACAUAAAUUUUGUGCAUUUAUGCCAUAAUAUGACCACUGCUGGGUAAAAGGUCACCUGAUGUGUUUUAACUGUGUACAUUAAUGUUAAAUAAAUUGGAAGCAACAAAACAAAACAAAACAAAACAAAAAAGAGAGAGACAAAAGAUUUGAAUGUUAAAAGCCACUGAAUGUGUAAUAAUGAAUUCACCUCAAGGUUUGAUGAUCUGCAAUCCAAGAUGCUUUUCUGUUCACCACAGUUGUAGAGACUGGUUAUUUGAAUUUGCAUAGAUCUCCUGUCAUUUCGAAGCAGUAUGACCAUUCUCCUCUGAUCUCGCUCAUCAACAACAGGUUGGGGUUUUUUUUGGUUUUUGCAGCGUGUAAAAUCUGUAUAAAAUCUAGUCACUGUUGUGUGUGAAAAUCCCAGGAGAUCGGCAGUUUCAGAAAUAACCAACCUUGCCACAGUCAGUCACUGAAAUCAACAUUUUUUUCACAUUCUGAUGUUUGAUGUCAAUGAUAUUAUGCAUCACACUGCUGACAAAUGAUUUGCCAAUUGGAUAUAUGCAUGAAUGUGCAGGUGUACAGGUGUUCAUAAUAAAGUGAAUGGUGAUUGUAUUUCAGUGCUAUGUAUUAUUCAGUGGUGUACAAAAAUGUUUUAAUUAAGAAAUCAAUUUCUUUUAACACUCAAAUCUUUAGGUCUCUUUUUUUGCUUCUAUAUGAAAUCAAUCAAAGCAAAGGUCGCCAUACUAAAGGUUGAUGACUCAAUCUAGAGCGCCCCUAUGUAUAAUGUGCUGUAAAAUAAGUGAACAUGGUUUCGCUCUCUUUUAGAUGAGGUGUUCCAAAAAUAAAUUUUAAAAAUGCAGCGUUGUUGUGGUACUGUGAACUGUAAAAAAAAUAAAAAAAUAAAAAAAAAAAUUAAAAAAAAAUAAUGACAUGUAUCAUAGGGUUGUAAGUAGUGAUACAUUGAAGAAUACAUUAAAAGAAUCAAG